AUGGGAGCCCAAGAGGCUGAUGGAGUUCCAGACAGAAGGCGGAAAGUUCUGAUCCAUAACAGUCAACUUUACCGCUCUUCAGUUCAUCUUAUGAGUGGUAUUCAGAACUGGCUGAGCGCAAUCUCAAUCUGGUGCAUGAUGUACGCUACAAUCGAACGUGUGCAGGUGUUCCGCAGUCCGUUCCGCACCAGCCGUCGUUCAGUAUCGCCACGUUUUCUAGCCACAAUUGCCUUUAUUGUCAUAGCAGCUCUGGCGGUUACUGCUCAAACGUUCGCACAACCAGGGGCGAUAUUCUCUCAUGGCGUUUCGAAAUUGCUUAUGGUGAGUUUUCAAUAUAUGAAAUUUCGAUAA